AUGGAAAGAGAGCUACCGCUUCCUUCUCCAGAGUACCUGGCCGAGAGUGAUUCGGAAUCAAUCACAAGAGUUCUUUGGGUCGCUACCGCCUUCCCUAUUCUGUUUCUGCUUCUUCGUUGCUAUACAAGAUUAUGGCUGAGGAAGAUAUUUGGAGCGGAUGAUUACUUCAUGGUCGCAGCAGUGAUCCUUCUUGUGGCGUACUCUUCAGUCGUCACCGCCGCCGCGGACAAAGGACUAGGCCGUCACCUGCUAUACGUGUCGCAGAAUCCUCAAAACCUCGUUGAUGUUGCGUUGCUCAGUUUCGUAUCGCAACCUUUGGUCAUCAUGUCGUGUGCAUUCGGCAAGACCUCGUUUGCUCUGACCUUGAUACGGGUUGCAGCCCAGGAAUGGAUCAUUGGAUUUCUGUGGCUUCUAAUCAUCUUGACCAACAUUCUUCACACUCUCAUCUCCAUUUUUGUCUUUACCCGAUGCAAUGAUCCGCGACAUUUGUGGAAUCCCGCAAUCCCUUCCGAGUGCUGGCCCCCGGGUGUAUUUGUUAACCUCUCGAUAUUUAUUGGCGCCUUUUCUGCUGCGACGGAUUUCAUACUCGCGCUUCUGCCUUGGGCAAUUCUAUGGGAGCUUCAGAUGAAGAAGAAGGAAAAAAUCGGAGUGGCCAUUGCCAUGAGUCUCGGCAUUUUUGCUGGCUGUAUUGCCGUUGUGAAGACUAAAAACCUUGCGGCAAACGGAGAUGCUGAUGACAUCACCUACUCUCUUGCUUUUCUUUUGAUGUGGGCUGGGGUAGAAAAUGCCGUCAUUCUUAUCGCCGCCUGUGUACCAACGAUUCGGCCCUUGAUAAAGAAGGCCUCCCCAGGUUUAUCAGCCCGCAAAGAGCCGUUCAAUGACAGUCACACUCUUGUCACCUUUUCCAACUUCAAACCCUUCGGCUUUCGAGCCAGACAAUCGCAAUGGAGCAGUAUUGAAACACAAGUUGGAUACGAUCAGGGCUCUUUGGACAACAAGAGUGACCAAGGCAUCAUCCAGCCGACGCCAACCGAGGACGGACAGGUUAAUAGUACCAGCCAGUCCAGCGAAGCACGUGCGGGAGAAUAA